AUGCACGACUUAAUGUGUUCCUCCGUGUGGAAUGCAACGAAUAGCAAGGAACAGCAGCUGAUAGCUCGUUUGUGGGUUCCUGGAGAAGGUGAUGAUACCCUUGGCAUCUUUGGAGGCCUAGGUGUGGCACUCCUGGAACCCUGGAGGAGCAUCUGGAGAGAAACAAGCAUGAGCGCCGGCUACCAGUACUGCGACGCGCUUGUGCGCGUCAAGCUGGUGGAGUCCCCCGCGGCAUCCCCGCCGGCCUCCGCGCCGCGCCAUUCCGACGGCCAUGCCAUCCGCCGGAACGACUGCCCCACGCCGCCCGACAGCAAGAAGCGCAAGCGCUGCACCGAAGACCACGCCUCGAUCGCCGCCGGGCACCGGCAAUCCGGAUCUCGGGACUCGGGAUCCGGAUCGGUCGAUGCGGCGGAGAAGAGGGAAAGCGCGCCGGACCGCGUGGAGUACGACGCCUCAGCGUUCUGCCUGGCCAGCGCGUCCCCGUACUUUAGGUCGGCGCUGGACAGGUGGUGCGAUCGGGCGGGCGGGAGGAGCGUUGUUGAAGUCGAGGCGGCGGCAUCCGAGCUGCCUGCGCUCAAGGUGCUGCUGGGAUUCGUCCAUGGGCGGGAUUUGCCUUCCGAGGUGGAUCCUGAGGAUUUGCUGUCCCUGCUGGUGCUGGCGGACCGGUACAUCAUUGAUCGGCUGGUGCCGUUCGUGUGCAAGCGGCUGGUGAGGAUGGGGUUGGGCUGGCGGGGGGCAGCGAGGGUGCUGGGCCUGUUCGAGGCGCCUCGGGGGUGCCUGGCGCCCGCCACGCGCUAUUUGAUGGAGGCGGCGGACAGGGCGCUUAUUGAAGAAUUUUCGGACCUCGAACGAGCGUGGAUGUGCCCGGAGGACAGGGAGCGGUUCCUGGGGCUGCCGCUGGCUGCGGUUCUGUCGCUGCUGAGCAGUGAUGGGCUUAGGGUGGGCGCCGAGGAGACGGCGUUCUGGGCGGUCACCGAGUGGCUUGCAAGGCAUUUUCCGGGGCAGGCUGGGUCCGCCCCGCCGGGCAACGAGGCGUAUCUCCGCGCCGCCACGCAGCUGGGGAACUGCGUGCGCUUCCCGCUGAUCGCAGCGCCCUAUCUGCACGGGAUCGUGGCGGGCGCGGCGUGGGUGAGGGAUGCGGACCCGGCGGGCGCAUGGGUGGAGGAUGCGCUGGAGUUUGAUGCGCUGAGCGGGCGUGAGCGGGAGGCGAUCCGCGGGCAGACUUGGCGGCGGGACAGGCGUUUCAGGGCGCGGGCGCCGUCGCCGAGGCCGGAGGUGUUCGUGUCGUGGGCGGCCAGCCCGGAGGAGUUCAGGGAGGGGGCGCUGUCCGGGUCGGGGGCCACAUCCCCUGAAGUCUGGUACAAGGGCUAUGUGUGGACCCUCCAGUGCGAGGUUGCCGAUAAGGCCUCCCCCGGCGGCGGGGUCAUGAUGGGCUUGUAUGUGGACCCCCCGGGCGUCGCCUCUACCAGUCUACGCGUGGGCUGGCAGGGGGAGAUGCUGCAGGUGCCGCCAGAGGCGGGCGUGCGGAGGGUCACCUUCCGCACAGCCACGCGUUCGGGCCUGCACAACGAGGUGGCUGUGGACUCUCACGACUGGACGCUGGGCGAGGGUUACUAUGUGCCAGACUUUUUCAGGGCACCGUUGGAGGCGGUGGUUGCGCCCGACAGCAGGUUCGUGGUGGAUGGCAAGAUCAGGAUGAGCGUGAAGAUAUCCCCCGAGGCGGACCGGUCGUCCAUGCAGUCGCUGCGCCGACGCUUCCUGAACAGGCCAUAUAUGGACAUGGCCAAUCAGUGA